ACCCCGAUAAUGACAGCCGCGAACCACGGCCACGUCCCCGCGAUCAAACUCCUCCUACACCACGGCGUGGAUAUCAACGUCCCACAAGCUACAUGUAACAGCCCACUAAGCCUGGCCGCUAUACACGGCCAUAUCCCUGCAGUACGCACCCUCCUGCACCACGGCGCAGACGUAAACACCAUCCGCCGGGGUACAACACCCCUC